AAUCAAUUUCUGAUAUUUAUUUGUUAGGGAUUUUUUGUUGGUUUAUUUUCGUUUUUCACGUUUUAGUUAAUCUCUUAAAAGUGAAAAGAAUGUCAUCGGAAAAUAUUUCGACGAUGGCAAUGUCAUCGGAAAAUCUUUCGACGACGCCAUCGCUGAGAACAAUAGAAUCGGCGAUCAAUCUCAUAGAUGUCAAAAAGGAGGAACUCAAGAAAGCGUUCGAUCAUCUCCAAGCCAACUAUUUGCACCUCUGUUCUUUCUCUAUCUCUUGGUCCGACCUCGACUCUCACUUCACCGCAAUCCAAAACUCGGUAACUCAGCGGUUCCGUCUCCUCGAGUCGCACGAGUCCGUUCACCACCCAGUUGAUGCCGUCCCCAUUUCGGAGCUCACUCCGUGCUCAACUCAACCACUCUCGUCAAAAGAGGGAGACCCAUGUGUUCAGAAACCAUCAUCUAGACAGGACCGGGUAGACUCAGCCGCUGAGUCGCUGGUGAAUCGGCCGUUGAUUCAGCUUGUACCAUUAAAUGGUGAGCAACCAUCGUCGUCAAAUUCGGUGGGACUGCAGUCUGAUGGUUCGGCUCCGGCAUCCGGCGGUGUUGACUCGGUGGUGACUCGGCCGGAGCUGAAGGAGUUCUGUGAGAGAAUGGAUGGGAAGGGGUUGAGGAAGUACAUAAAUGACCAUGUAAACGAGCGCGAAGCUAUCCGAAUGGAGCUUCCAGGUGCUCUAAAGACUGCUAUGGAUCCUGGGGCAAUGGUUCUGGAUGCAAUGGAGGGCUUUUAUGCAGAGAAUUCUCAGUCUAAAGGCAAUAAAGACCCAGAAUUGUUCAGUUUAAGGUGGGUUUGCGUGUUUUUGUUGGAGCAGUUGAUGGAAACUGGUCUAAGGUUUAGUGAUGAAGUGAAGGAGAGAGCAAAAAAGUUAGCUUUAGAGUGGAAAGGCAAGGUCAAGUUGAGAAAAAAUAACUUUUUGGAGACAUUGGCGUUUUUGCAUUUAGUGGUAACUUAUAGUUUGGGAGCUGUGGUUGAUAAAGAGGAGCUUGUUGGAUACUUUUUUAUCAUCGCUAGACACCGGCAAGCUACAAUGUUGAGUAGGUCAAUUGGCUUAGGAGAGAAAGUUCAUGAUUUGAUUAAAAAACUGUUAGAUAGUGGCAAACAACUACUUGCUGUGAAAUUUGUAUUUGAAUUUGGGCUAGCAGAAAAAUACCCACCAGUCCCUCUUUUGGAAGACUAUCUGAAGGAGACCCAGAAGCUUGCUAAGCAAGUUUGCAAGGAUGGAAAGAACCAUCUUAGGUCACAGAAUGAGGCCACAGCCAGAGAAAUUGCUGCCUUGAAAGCUGUAAUUAAAGUAAUUGAACAGCACAAGCUAGAAACUGAGUAUUCACAGGAGAGCCUUCUGAAGCGUAUUGAGCAGCUCGAGAAGCAGCAGGCUGACAGGAAACACCCUGUGACAGCUGCCGCUGCCAAGCCUCAGCAGCAGCAGGCAGACAGGAAACACCCUGCAACAGCUCCCACUGCCAAGCCUCAGCAACAGCAGCAGCAGCAGCCAAGUCAGCAGGUCAUUCAGCAGGGAAAGAAGAAGAAGAAACAGGCACAGGGAAAGCAGCAGCAGAGUAGCAACAAGCGCCCUAAAACAACUGCAUCUGUUGUUCGUAUGGCACCCUCAUUGGGAGUUGCUGGUUCAAGUUCAGCUGUUCCCCCAUUCCAGCAAUCUCAUCUGCAGCAAGGAGGUUUAAUGCAAGACCGUUCUGCUCCAUAUUUGAGCUUGCCAGCCGGUUCUUAUGGCUUGGCAGGCUCCACUCCAGUUAAUCCUUAUGUAGGCUCGUCAGCUGCGACUGCAUUAUAUGGUUUGGCAGGAGCCCUUAUGGGUUUCUCUGUGAAUCCAAACCCUGCUGCAUCCCAUUUAUAUUCUUAUGACAGACCUACUUAUGGUGCAUAUGGUUUACCACCACAAUACCACCCAUCUUACCAUCCACAGUAGCUGUUGUUACUGUUUUGUUGUUGCCUGUGGUAUGCUUUUGGAUACAGUGCUUGUUGGAAAGCACGCGUGUUUCUUGAUAACUGGAUUAUAUUGCGUAAACCAAAUUCGGUAACUGACUUUUGUUGACAGAUCGAGGCUAAAUAGUAUUUUAUCUAAUUUGCUAAUUGACCCAAAGAUUUAUGUAAAUUAUGAUUGUUUUUUUUAUGAGAUGUUAUUAAUUUCCAUUGUAGAAGGUCAUUCUUUCUUUUAUUCAAUCCUUCAGCCUUCCCUUGCAUGGUAUGAUUGCAGU